AUGUCGUGGAAGGCUUCAGAACGUUUGAUGGAUACCAUCCGGCAUUAUGCCAGGUUUCCCGCCACUGGUGUCAGCUUGCGCCAGAUGGUGCAGUUUGGCGAGAAGCCCUCGGUCGGAACCCUAUUCCGAGCUUCCCAAUUCCUCGCCGAGGAGCUACCAAUUCGCCUGGCCCACCGCGUGCAAGAGCUUGACGAGCUCCCAGAUGGUCUCAAUGAGAUGCCCUCGGUGAUCAAGGUCAAGGACUGGUACGCCCAGUCUUUUGAGGCCUUCCGCCUCCCUCCCGCGACCCCCAAUCCCUCAAUUGACGAGGGUGAAUCCUCGGGAUGGGGAGGUCUCCAGAAUGGAAACGGCAACGGAAAGAAGGCCGUGACGCGGCGUUACUUUGCCGUCGUCGACGACACGGGCGAUUGGCCCGCCGACCUGCACCUCUACAACCAACGCUUCGCCCAGACUCUCCACGACAUCAAGCGCCGUCAUGAUGGCGUCGUCACUACUAUGGCCCAGGGUAUUCUCGAGUACAAGCGCCGUCGCCAGCGAAUGCAAAUCGACAGCACCAUUCAGUCCUUCCUCGACCGUUUCUACAUGUCCCGUAUCGGUAUUCGUAUGCUCAUCGGCCAACACAUCGCCCUAACGGACCAGAGCCAUCACCGAGAUCCUACCUACGUCGGAAUCAUUUGCACAAAGACCAACGUCCAGGACCUCGCCCAAGAAGCCAUUGAGAACGCCCGAUUCGUCUGCGAAGAUCACUACGGCCUCUUUGAAGCCCCCAAGGUCCAGCUCGUCUGCAACCCUAGCCUCAACUUUAUGUACGUUCCCGGUCACCUGUCACACAUGCUCUUUGAGACCCUCAAGAACUCGCUGCGCGCCGUCGUCGAAACCCACGGCAUGGACAAGCAGGCCUUCCCUGUGACAAAGGUUAUUGUGGCCGAGGGCAAGGAGGAUAUUACCAUCAAGAUUUCUGAUGAGGGUGGUGGUAUCCCUCGAAGCGCCAUUCCUCUCGUCUGGACCUACAUGUACACCACUGUCGACCGCACGCCGAGCCUGGACCCUGAUUUCGACAAGAGCGACUUCAAGGCCCCAAUGGCUGGAUUCGGAUACGGAUUGCCCAUCUCACGUCUAUACGCGCGCUACUUUGGCGGAGAUCUAAAGCUCAUCAGCAUGGAAGGAUACGGCACCGAUGUCUACCUCCACCUGAACCGCCUGUCCUCGUCGUCCGAGCCCCUCCAAUAG